AAAUAAUUUGAGCCCGCAGUAGAGUCCCAUGUAGCAUGAAUACGGACUCAAACUCGGUGGCGCUCUUCAUCGAGCAGGAUGGCAACCAAUACAAUGACCUGUGGCUUGCCAUGGCUGUCAUCUUCGGAGUCAUGUUGGGAUUCUUCCUCGGGGUUUUCAUCCUUUUCAUCAUCAGGAGAAACUUCCCUGCCAUGUACACCAAGGCGGACGCUCAAAGAAUAGCAGAGUCGGGACUUCAGCCCGAGGAGAUGGAGGAGAUGGGGACCAAACAGGAUCCUGACACCUACUCGGAGAUUGUUCCGCCCGGAGUUGGUCCACAGCAAACGAUUCUAUCAGCAGACCCUAAGUCAAGACCUCUGUCCUGGGUAAGAAGACAGUCUACCAUAGACCUGGGAGAGGAGGCUGACAAUGACGGCAUGAUCGACGCUCUGGCUCAGGAUUCUUGUGUACAAAUGCAGAUGGCUACGAUAUCCCAAGAAUUCACCAAGAUCGUAAAGUACGAAGAAGACCUACAAAAUCAGUACAGAAUAAUCUUCCUAAACCUCAUCAACAUCUACCUGGACAGCUUGGUGCAACAGAAGAUGAUCGAACCUGAGCAUAAACAAGAAAUGUCCGACGAGUUUAGUGCCCGAUUGAGGGAAACCGAAUCGGAGUGGAGAAGCAAAAUAGCAGCUUCGAUUCGCGAUUACGAGAGGAUGACUGGAGACUCCCUUCAAGCAAACCACAUCGAGGAGCUAAGGUACCAAGCUGCCAUGGAUCUGGAGACGGAAAUGCUUGACAUUCGGGAGAGUCUCAGACUACAGCUAACUGAGAAGACACCACUCAAAAACGAAGAGAUCGAGUUUAUGGAAGAAAAACUGGUUGAGAAUCUCACAAUGUUAUGCGAAAUUAUCAACGGAGAAUACGUGUCUGCGUCCAAGGCUCAAACAGGAAGAUUUGAAGUUAUGAAGAAAGCUGGCUGCCUACAGUUCCCUAGCGCCGUCUACGAGCCGGAAGAAGUAGAGGUCAUGAUACAGAAAUUCAAAUUGAUGCUAAAUGACCUGAAAACUACGGCUAAAUUGAGUGGAUCUAUAGUUACCAAGUUGGUUAAAACCUUCGAAGAUAGGAUCCGGGCCGCUGACACCAAACUCUCAGAAGAAUUCGACCAGAAGCUUGGAGUUAAGCAGACGAGUUGCGCAAAGGAGCGUGUGACAGAGAUGAAACGGAUAAAGACCUGGAAGAGAAACACGGAGAUAGCUUCAACUGCUAACCAGUCUUACCAGGCUGCAGUGGACGGUCUCAUCGAACCAUCACGCUACAUCCAGACUCUGCACGAGCUGCAGCAGACCGUCAGACUUGACAAGAUGCUGGCUAUCAAACGGAUAGACGUCAAGGAGGGAGAGUCGUACGAAAAGUUGAUCCAGGAGAGGAUAGACGGAAAACGCAGAUAUUAUCAGGAUAUUCUGUCGGAUGCGAUUGGAACAAUAAAACUUGAGAAAAAUAUGGACGGUGCGAUGUUAGACAAGAAGUCAAAAAAAUUCCAGGAAGAUAUGGCAAAGCACAGAGCUGAAAGAAUUGGGGUACUGAAGAAGGAGAUAGAGAAGCAGCUGGACGAGAACGAGGCUGUGAGGGAGAGGCUGGACAGGGAGAUCAGGAGACAGAGUGCAGAUCAGGAGGAGUUACUGGGAGAACAGGAGGACGCAGUCAAGGAGGUCCUCCAGACCCAGAGCGGCCUUACUGAGAUAGACCGAGAGCAAAUGAUGGCAAUACAUCAGCACCAAGCGCUGGGAGUUAUCAACAUGCUAUUCAUGAACAGAAUGAGGGUGGUGAAGCGAGUGGAGAUGUUGAGGUUACAGCACAAUGAGGAGCUCAGGGUACUGAACAGGUCAGAGAAGACUGAGAUUGAUGCUGUGGCGGUCACCUCUGGUUCCAAACCACUGAACAAGAAACAGCAGAAAGCAAUUCAGACCAUCGAGCAGAAAUACGCCGUCAUAAGAGAAGAAAAGAAAAAGGAUUUCAUACUCGAUGGAGAUCAAGCUAUCAACGAAGUGCGCCAGAAGAUAUUCGAGGUGACCAAUCAAAUUCUGAGUCAGUUUGACGAGCGAAUGGGUGUCCUGCUAGCUAAACUGCAGGUGUCUCAUGCUAGGAGAGAGGGAACAAAGGUGAAAACCACCCAGGUCCUCAAUAAGAUCAAAACCAAGCUGGUCGACAUCAUCUGGACUGAUGGGUACAUUUCGGAGACUGCCUGCAAGAAAACCCUCCAAGAUCACCACAAGGUAGUACAGGAUGUGAGUGACAAGUUCGCUGUCAAACGAACCACCAACCUCGAGCAGAUUAAGAAGGUCUCGGCGGAGAAGCGAUAUAAGAGGGAAACUUCGAUGAAUGAAGACAUUCAGGAGCUAAUAGAAAAUUAUAAGGCAAAAGAGCAUUCCAACUAUGGACGAACGCAGCCGCUGUGGGAGAACUGGUCUAGCAUGAAACAAGAGAUCGAGAAGCACAACACAAGCAUGGAGCUAACACGACAAGUUCAAGACCUCUACAACGCCACUGAGGACGAGUUCGCUUCCAACCUGCAGGACGAGGAGAUCAACAUCAUUCUAGAGCUGGUCAAGAUGGGUAGGAUGGACAUCAACGAGUUCGACAAGAUAAUCAAAAGCUCAGUCACCGCGUGUGUAGGUGGAGACAAGUUGUACAAGGAGCUGAGCACGCCUCUUCUGGAGAAAUACGGUCCGACAGCCAAGAGAGCCGACAAAGCUAUGGAUUUCUGGCAAGUUGCCACGGAUCAGAUGGCCCCGCCUAAAGACCCUAAACUAGCAGCCGAGAGGGCAGCUGAGGUGUGGAGGGCUAGGCUGGGAAUAUACGGAGACAGUAACGAACAACGAUGAAACUUGCUCUUGUUAAACUAGAUCAUUGAAAGUACAAGUGUUGUAUUCUGGGUAUGCCAGAUAAACGACUUCGAGCCCAGCGGACUAUUGUGUAAUGUGAAGAACUGGUUUUCAUGGAAACAUGUUACUAUAGCAGCAAACCUCAGAUAAACAUGGUGUUUUAGGUAUUGAAACCAACUCUAAGACUGGUUGUCAUGGUAACAACUCUAACCUGCUUCUUGCUAUGAGGAAGUAAUGAACUUACAUUUUUAUAACUACUUUGGGGCGAUGUGUUGAGACGAAGGUUAACAAAAACUCACAAAGAAUCAUACAAAAUAUCUAUCAAGUGAACAUUUACAUUAUCAAAAGAGCAAAAGCUCAAAAUCACACAAUUCUAUGGCCUUAAUUUCGGUGCUCUAUGUAAUUUAUUUGAAAUCGUUGUUAUUUUAAA